UAUCUCAUUUCUUGUCUUCGUCGUCAUUUUGAAGUCCUAUCCAUUUCCCUUGCAUCGGCAUUUCUACCCUUCUACAAAUGAAACGAUGGACUGGCCCGAGCGGCGGGGGUCACACAACCACGUACGACUCGCUAAUCAGCAGCGGGGGGAGACUAUCUACUUGGAUCAUGCCACGUGUAAUCCCGUCCCGUCCCCACCACCUCCCCGCCACGUGACUCCCUCCCCUCCCCUCCCCUCCCCCAUCUAAAACCAAACCAGGCGAUAAACACGCCCUCUCAGCCGUUCCCACCCCAACCAAUUGAAUUCUCCCCCACCUUCCCCAACCAGCCAUUUUUCACUUCCCAAUCAAAUAUCCCAAAAUUACUCAACCUAACCUAACCUAAACCUAACCGCACCACCGCCGCCGCCGAUCGCCGCCGCGCCUGACCGAUCCCGUCCGACGAUGAACGCCAGAAAGCACAAAAAAUCUGGCACGGCGCUGCACGGCCUCCGGUCGCUGAGCGUCGCCGUGGCGUUCCCUCUCUCCCUAACCGUCCUCGACAUCUUCUUCUUCGGCUACCGCCGCCUCCUUCCCAAGCCUUUCUACUUCCCGCCUCUGUGGGCUCUACACCUCUCCUUUCUGGCCCACGCCUUCCUCUCUGGCCUCUCCGCGUGGCUCAUUUGGGCCGAGGGAGGCUUCCACCGCCAUCCCAAGGCCUUGGCCGUCUACUUGGGCCAGCAAAUGCUCUGCCUCGGGUGGUACCCGGUUGUCUUCGGGGCAGGCGCCAUUCGGGUCGGGUUGGCCCUUUGUGGCGCUAUUUUUGGAGUUAUGGUUGGGUGCGCCAGGAUGUUCAGAGACAUGAACCCUAUUGCUGGUGAUCUGGAAAUUAGGGGAAUCUCUGAAGCACCUUUUUCGAGAGCAGAGAGCAAAGCAGAUUGUUGAUCGGCAGAUAAAAAAUCUCUAGAAAUCCAGAGUCCGCUGAUUUCAGGAAUAGGUUCCCAAAUAUGUGUAUCCCCAAA